UUCUGUCAAGCUACCUCCCCUUUUCUAUGGAAAUCUGAAACUUGAUUUGGUAAAAAUAUUUCGUAGACAUAAUUUUGGAGAUAUUUUUUAGUUAAAGUAGUUGAAGAAAUUAAAUUAGUAAACUACAGGAAGGGUAUUAACAUAUUUGAAAGAAAGAGUAUCGCUUCAGUUCGCAAUAAUACCUAAAGAUGUCUAGCUCAGCUCAUAAACACCGCUACAAAAAUGCAGCACUUGAUAGUGUGGAGCUCCGUAGGAGGAGGGAAGAAGAAGGUGUUCAACUUAGAAAGCAAAAAAGAGAACAACAAUUGAAUAAAAGACGAAAUGUGAACUUAAAUCAGUUGGUUCCAGAUGACAUGGAAACUUUCCAGGUGGAAGUUGAUUCAACAGGUCUGGGUGGUAUUCCAAUUACCCAGGAGAUGAUCCAGCAGUUGUUCAGUCAAGAUGAGAAUGAACAGUUACAAGCCACUCAAAAAUUCCGUAAACUAUUGAGUAGAGAACCUCAUCCUCCUAUCGAGGAAGUUAUUAAGACAGGGAUGGUGCCUAAAUUCGUAGAGUUCUUGAAAAAUACUGGAAACAGUACUAUUCAGUUCGAGGCAGCUUGGGCGUUGACCAACAUAGCCUCCGGUACAUCUCAACAGACUCGGAUUGUCAUUGAGGCUGGAGCUGUUCCUAUUUUUAUAGCCCUAUUGGGAAGUGAACAUGAGGAUGUACAGGAACAAGCAGUGUGGGCACUUGGAAACAUUGCAGGUGAUUCUCCAGAAUGUAGAGAUCAUGUUUUGGAUGCAGGAAUAUUACCACCCUUAUUGCAAUUAUUGGGUAAGUCGAAUCGGCUCACAAUGACUAGGAACGCUGUUUGGGCCCUCUCCAACCUGUGUAGGGGCAAGAAUCCACCCGUUGAGUUUUCGAAAGUGUCCCCUGGUCUUCCAGUAUUAGCACGUCUGUUAUUUCACACCGAUGCUGAUGUUUUGGCCGACGCUUGUUGGGCCCUCAGUUAUCUAUCCGAUGGACCCAAUGAAAAAAUUCAGGUACUGUCUGAUGGACCUAAUGAAAGAAUUCAGGUACUAUCCGAUAGACCCUUUGACAAAGUUCAGGCAGUCAUCGACGCCGGCGUGUCUAGAAGGCUGGUGGAGCUUCUCAUGCACCAGGAAUCCAACGUGGUAUCGGCCGCCCUCAGGGCCGUUGGCAACAUCGUAACGGGCGACGACAUCCAGACCCAGCUGAUCCUAAACUGUUCGGCGUUGCCCUGUCUGUAUCACUUGCUCUCGUCCCCCAAAGAGUCCAUCAGGAAAGAGACCUGUUGGACGAUAAGCAACAUAACGGCCGGAAACAGACAGCAGAUACAGGCCGUUAUAGAAGCCAACAUAUUCCCCGCGUUGAUAGAAAUCCUGAAAUCGGCCGAAUUCAAGACGAGGAAAGAGGCGGCUUGGGCUAUAACGAACGCGACAUCGGGCGGCACGCCCGAACAGAUCCGCUACCUGGUCGAUCAGGGAUGCAUCGGCCCGCUCUGCGACCUGUUGACCAUACUCGAUACCAAGAUCGUUCAGGUGGCGCUGAACGGUCUGGAGAACAUACUCAGACUGGGCGAACAGGACGCGAAGAAUCACAUGGGACAGAACCCUUACGCGGUGCUCAUCGAAGAAUGUUACGGCCUGGACAAAAUCGAGUUCUUGCAGUCGCACGAAAACAUCGAAGUUUACCAGAAGGCCUUCGACAUCAUCGAGCAUUUCUUCGGCACGGACGAGGAGGACGCGAACGUGGCGCCCUCCGUGGACCCGGAACAGCAACAGUACCACUUCAGCUCCGACCAAUCGGUACCGAUGGGCGGGUUCCAGUUCUAGUUCGCGCCACGCGCCGUCAAACAAAAAUUAUCUUGUAUAAAUUCAAAAAGCCCGCGUCCCCCAAACAAAACGAGAGAAUGCGUUGUGAAAGAGAGAGAGAGAAAGGGAAAAAUGGAAAGAAUGCUGAAGACGAGGUUGAUUGCGUGGUGUCGACACUAAGAGGGCUUCAAAUAAAAAAAAAAUAAUAAGAUCGCAUUUAGGAUUACGAGAAAUUAAAAAUGCGGAUGAGAUGAAGAGUGAAAGAGUCUCACUUCUAGUAUUGUUUCAAUCUUAACUUCGAAAGGUUUUAGGAAAAAAAGAUACAACUGUCGAUUUAGUUGAUGUGUUGUCUUUCGUCAUGCUCUUUGUAAACUUGUUUAUUCGAUUCGUUUUUGGCUGUUGGUUAAUCAAAAGUUCAACCGAUUAUUUUAUCUCUUUUAAAUAUUGUAGAUAAUUAUUAUUUGUAAAUACCCGUACUUUCUUUUAAUUUCAAGGAAUCUUUCGUAUCUACUGGAAAUAUUUGAUUGAGUCGGUCCUUACUUUUGAAAAUUCUUUGUCAUUCAACUGAAAGGUAUACUAUAAAAAUGUUUGUAUUUAUAUUAUACUUUUCGUUUAAUCUACACGAGAAUUUGAGUUGUAGUGAGGAAUUUUCGUUCCUUUUCGUUGUAAUCGAGAAAAUUGAAGAAAAACAGGGAGAAUCGAUGAAUUAUUCUGAAUCUAUAAUUCAUGUUGUUUCGCAGUCAAAAGUUUCAAGUUUAAUUGAUGUUUGGUUGGUCUACUUUUAUACCAUGCCAUAGUGAAAAUUAAGGUUUGACCAUUUCGUCUGGCGGAGUUAUAAUUUUAGUUUUCUCGAAAAUUGAGAUGUAAUUGCAUUCGGUAAAAUUUUGUGAUUUUUGUAAUGUACCCUAACUUGUGUAAAAAUCAGUGACAUUAUUUGUUGAUAGUUUGUAAAAUAAACUAACUUUAAGUAUA